AUGCCUCUCCUGCGCAGGAACGUUCUCGGCCCUGAGAAACGCAACCCGUGCACCCACAUGACUAUGACUCGUCUCUAUGAUCCCUACGGCUCCUUCAAAUGCUCACUGUGCCAUAAACAUCCCAACAUCGGCUGGCUCUAUCGCUGCACCCAAGACACUGGCGGCUUCCUACCCGAAUCCGAUUUCACAGAUGAGCCAAUGCCCCCAAGAGGUCGGGCACUCGGUCGGGAUGUCGCUGCUCAAUCUCUCAGCGCUUCCAUCGUCAGGGCCAUGGGAGAAGGGCAAUAUACCGGACAAGAGGUCAGGAAACUGAUGGAGCCGAAGGAAAAGGUCAAGGAUUCUCUCCUCUCCCAGCUUGAGCCAGAUGAGCACAGACCUGCCACUGCCUCGACUUUCACCACCGCCUCGACCGUGUCCAGCGACGGUGACAGAACCUUGUCCACCUUGCCUCAGAGCACGACUUUCUCCACCAACUCCUCGGCCGAGCUCGACGAAGAGAUUAAGGCGGCAUAUGAUUGGAAAGAGUUGCAGAAAGUCUGGAUGUCUGAGCCAUCGAUCCCCCCUCCUACUCCCCGGCCAAAGCCAGCCACACCAGCAAACGCCCUCCCACCGGCCCCCAGGCUGCCGUACAUGCAAGCUUGUAACGUCAAGAUCUGCCCGACAUGCCGACCAACCUACCGUGAGCGCGCGUAUCAGUCUCUGGAUGAAGUUCUCAAUGCUCCCACCCAACUCCCCCCGUUCUGGGAGUUGCAAAAUCGCCGUGUGUCUGAUGCCCGUCUCGUGGCUGGAAUCGGAUUGCCCAAGGUUGGGCGAUCACGAUUCUACGCUCAGACCGACCCCGCCAUGCUGCAGUCCUUUCACAGCGUGCCUGACAUGAUGAUGGAUCAUCCCGCAGCCGAGGAGGAGGAGUAUCAAAACAUACGAGAGUCGUACGUCGCGGGAGACACCACAGAAAGACACCACCCACGCUAUGACUACACCGGCCCAUCGAGCAGUACACGCACCGGCUUCCGACAAACUGUCCGCAAAGCCCUCGCUAGAGCCCGGCUCGAAGACUCGGCUUCCACGCAUUCAAGCAUCAACAAUUCUGAGUCUGCCGAGUCUCGGGCCCCGCCUUCUCUCCCGCUGAUUUUUCGACGCCGCAGAUCCCGUGCUCACAUAUCUUCCUUUGCGGAGACACAUGGUGGCCGGAUUGUGGAUACCAGCUCGCUCCAGGAUUCCGUCAUGUUGAUGUUGGCCACGAAUACGCCUUUGCCCCACACGCCAACCCUGGGUGGCUUUCAGUUCGGUCCGGGAGUCGGAUGCCAUCGAGGCUCAGCCCGUGUCAACGAGCGUGGGGAUUCCUUGCAGAGCGUGGACAUCAUCAGCCAGAUUUGA